GAUCAGCAGAUACAUGUCAAGGAAAUGAGCUGGGCUUUGGUUUAGCAAAGAGCACCCACUGUUUAUCUGCUAGUCGAGAGUGAAAACUUUGUUGUCAAGUGGAGAAAUGGCACAGAACCGUCAAAAACUGACUUGUUCAGUCUGUCUGGACCUUUUUAAAGAUCCAGUGACAAUCCCAUGUGGACACAGUUACUGUAUGAGCUGUAUUAAGGGAUUCUGGGAGCACGAGGACCAGAAGACAACACACAGCUGCCCUCAGUGCAGACACAGCGUCACACCGAGGCCUGCUCUGGUUAAAAAUACCAUCCUAGCAGAGAUAGUAGAAGAUCUAAAGAGAGUUGGACCUGAAGCAGCUUCGCCUGAUCUCUGCUAUGCUGAACCUAAAGAUGUGGCAUGUGAUUUCUGCACUGGGAGAAAACUGAAAGCCUUUAAGUCCUGCCUCAUGUGUAUGGCCUCAUAUUGUGAAGAACACCUCCAGCCUCAUUAUGAUGUGGCUCCAUUAAGAAAGCAUAAGCUGCUGGAUGCCACCUUAAACCUUCAGGGGACGAUCUGUUCUCGUCAUGAUGAGGUGAUGAAGAUUUUCUGCCGCACUGAUCAUCAGUGUAUCUGUUACCUGUGUUUAAUGGAUGAACAUAAAGGUCACAUGACAGUCUCAGCAGCUGCAGAACUGGCUGAGAGGCAGACGGAGCUUAGCUCAGGUCGACAAAAACUCCAACUGAGUAUCCAAGAAAGAGAGGAACGUGUAAAGGCGAUUCAACAAGAGGUCGAGGCUAUCAACCACUCUGCUGAUGACGCUGUGAGGGAAAGUGAAAAGAUUUUCUCCAAUUUGAUUCGUUUCAUUAAGAAAAAAAGCACUGACGCAAAGCAGCAGAUCAGAUCUCAGCAAAAAACCCAAGUGAGUAGAGCUAAGGAGCAUCAGGACAAGAUUCAGCAGGAGUUAAAUGAGCUAAAGAGCAAAGACGCUGUGUUGGAGCAGGUCUCACACUCUGAGGAUCACAUCUAUUUUUUAAAUAACUACCCUUCACUUCCAUGUCUUAGUGAAUCUGCUGAUUUACCCAACAUCAAGAUCCAUCCACCGCUGCACUUUGAGUAUGUGAAGGCAGCUGUCUCUGAGGCCGCAGAUAAAGUGAAAGCUGUUCUGAGUGAAGAAUGGCUUAAAGUCUCAUUGUCAGUGAUUAAUGUGGAUGUUUUAUUGCCAAAGAAAGAGCCUCAAACCAGGCCUGAAAUUUUGAAAUAUUUUCGUUCAAUCACACUGGAUCCAAACACAACAAAUGUCCGUGUGUUACUGUCUGAGGGGAACAGAAAAACAACACUCAUCGGAAGUAAUCUGUUCUAUCCUAAUCAUCCAGAUAGAUUUGUUCACUGGCAGCAGGUCCUGGGUAGAGAUGGUCUGACUGGACGUUGUUACUGGGAGGUGGAGUACAAGGGACUGAUAAAUAUAGGAGUUGCAUACAAAGACAUAAGACGACAAGGAACCAGGGAGGAAUGUGGGCUUGGAUGCAACGAGAAGUCUUGGGCACUGGAAUGUAACACAGGUUGUUAUACAUUUGUACAUGACAAUAUCUCAACUCCAGUGUCUGGUCCUCAUUCCUCCAGGGUGGGGAUUUACCUGGAUCACACAGCAGGGACUUUGUCUUUCUACAGUGUUUGUAAAACCAUGACUCUCCUCCACAGAGUCCAGACUAAGUUCACCCAGGCUGUCUAUGCUGGGUUAUGGCUUCGACGCUGUGAGGGAGACACGGCUGAGAUGUGUGAUCUCAAGUAGACGAUGACUUUUGUUCACAACCUCACAGGAAAAAAUAUGAAUGUUAAGAAUAUAACAACAAGGCCCAUGAAAGUUCACAUUUGUACCUGUUCAGCCACUGUGGAGCAGGGAAAUAAGGAGAGGGAGUUUGACUUGUGAGUGCUUGAUAUUAUUUGAGUGUUCCAUUUCUUCUGUUUCUGCACUUUAUCCCCAAAUCGAACAUUAUUGUUUUGGGCAUAUUUAAACUGCUGAUUGUAUACUGUAUAUGAGAAAUGAUAAUUUGUUGUUUCAUUACAAGGGUACCUGUCACUUAAUGUUAUAGAUCAGGGUAUAUUUGUGCAAAAAUGUAUAUUAUCAUUGGGAUUUGGAUUUUCUUUUUAGUUAUGUUGCAAAAACAGCAUAAGUGUAUUUGUUUUUACCUACAGUGUGGAAAGAGGGGUGGCCAAUAUGUUUAACAUACUCUAUAGCCCAUUUAAUAUUUUCCAACAAAUUAAAUAUUCUUUUGAAAAGAAAAUAUUUAUCUUUAUUUCUUUUUUUAAAUUUAUUUUUGAUGUCUCACAAGGGAACUGUUAGAGAAAUAUGAUAUUAGACUAUUCUCUGUAAAUACCAGGGGCCUCAUGUAUGAAGCGUGGGUACACACAAAAACCUGGCGUACACCCUUUUCCACGCUCACGUUCAGAUGU